GGGAGCACGAACCGUCGUGACGCAACCAUUUUCCUCGUGCCGGACGCCGCGUUCUCCUCCGGUUCUUCUCGGUUUUCUGCAACGCGUUUCCUGACGAGGGAGUCGACUCUUAAGUCACGUCAGCAUGAACGGAAUUGUAAGGAGUGCACUACGUUCCACGGCGCUUCGUGGCAUGCUGUCGUCCUCGUGCGGUGGCAACUGCGGUGGUCAAUCCGCCCGGGCCCUGUGGAACGUGUGCGGUGGCCGCCGGCAAGCCGUAGAGAUCGCACCCCUCGUCUCUUCGCUCGAGCUACGCGAUCUCCGCGCCCGUAGAUGCUACAGCAGAUCUCAUACCAAAGCGGAGAAAGAAUUAGUGGAAUUUCUGGCUGAGGAGAUAGUAGCAGAAAAGAAGGCACAGAAAUUAAAGACGAUACCAACAACAUUAGAUGGCUUUUCAGUAUCCCUUGAUGGUGCCGAGGUCAAUCUUGAAAAAAAGACUGGUGCUGAUACGAUUCAUAUUUCCUUCAAUGUGAAUCAUACGGUGGAUGCGGAUACCGAGGAAAUGAAUCCAAAUAGUGAUAAUGUUGAAAUUGGCGAAAUGAAAAGCAAACCAACUUUCACAGUGGACAUUGUAAGGGGCAAUCAGACUCUAGGCUUUACAUGUUCUUUUAACAAUCAAGCUGGUGCCUCGGGUGCUGAUGAUAAUUAUAAUGAUAUAUUUGGAAUUGAUGAAAUUACAUUGUACGAAGGAGAACACAGUGAUAAGGUGUACUCCGUGGCUGGUGAGAUUAUCGACGGAUACUUGUAUGACCUACUGAUGAAUUACCUCGAGGAGAAAGGCAUUUCGAAUGAAUUUGCGGAAAAGCUGAUUGAUUUGAGCACAAGCUACGAACAUACAGCUUAUGUCAGCUUACUGGAGGGCUUAUCGAAGUUUACCUCUGGAAAGUAAUUCUAGGAAUUAAUAUGAAAAUUAUCCACAAUUCAUGAUACUGUAGUUUGUAAGCAUUGUUAAUAAAAUGAUGUACUGACGCGAAUUUUUAUUUUUCAUUACUGAGAUGUUCGAAUAAAAUGGAAAUACAUUAGAAUCAACAAUAAUUUUAUUUCUGUUCUAUUAUAGAAAGAGAAAAUUUAAUUCUAUGUUGAAUAAACUAAGAUUGCUUGAAUAUUAAA